UGUGUGCUGCCACCUAAAGUGAGAAGGAGGAAACAUGUUGAGAUGCUUCGGCGAAAAGUAUUGAGUCAAUGACGUCACAAAAGACGAGACAGUGGAAGGAGUAGACGGUAGACGGUGCGUUGAAAAAUGUCCGAUUAUUUUAAUUUAUCGUCGGCGUAAAUAGUCGUAAACAGACACGGAGUAUGGUGCUGUUAAAGUGAUUUAUCCAUUAGUUAUUCUGAACGAAUAUCACAGUUACACGUGGACAAUAUCGAAGUAAACGAAGGGUCAAGCGGAUCGAGGAAAAGUUGGAAAAAAUAAAACAAGUGGAGGCGUGUUGUGUUGUUCGUAAGGGAACCGUCGAGAUCAGGCAUCGUAGUACGAUUGGUUUCUCCCUUGCGACCUGGGCCUACAUUUUCGUCGGUUACCUGAAGGGGAUACCUGCUGCUGUCGCUACUACUCUGUUGCUCCUAACGCCACCGUUGACGCCGCCUCCUUCGUUCUACCGACCGAAUGAUAUGUAAAUCCUACAAUCAUUUAUUGGAGCACCAAUCAAGAAGGAGACGGUGUUAGACUCUAGAGGAUAUUAUCGGCGGAGGAGAGGAUUCUACAGGCCCUGAAGGACCUGAAAAACAAUGGAGGGUCUAAGGGUGGAAUGAUAGGAUGCAAGAGGGUAGCACCGCCGUGGCGCUAGCGAUGGUGACUCCUGGUUACGAUCAGGACCCUGCGAGCGGGGUAGCCGAUUAUACUACCCAUCAGGACCAGGCACAAUUUGAAGCGGAUAAACGUGCCGUUUACAAGCAUCCCUUGUUUCCCCUGCUGGCGUUACUCUUCGAAAGAUGCGAGCAGGCCACGCAAAGUUCGGACAAUUCUACGUCCGAAAGCUUCAACAUGGAUAUACAGGCUUUCGUCCAACAUCAAGAAAGAGACCGAAAGCCUUUUCUAAUCAAUGACCCAGAGAUUGACGGCUUGAUGAUAAAAGCCAUACAGGUGUUGCGAAUUCAUCUGCUGGAAUUGGAGAAGGUCCAGGAAUUGUGCAAAGACUUUUGCAACAGGUACAUCUCGUGCCUGAAAGGAAAGAUGCAGAGCGAAAAUUUACUUCGGAGCGAUUACAGCCAUCAGGGCCACGACAUGGGUCCAUCCAGUGGCAGCAAUGGAAGCAGCCCACUGCAGGUGCUGUCAUCUACAGGCAAUGAUGUUGAGUCGGGAGCUAACGGACUCCGAGUGAGCAGAGGUGACUUGCUGACGGAGAACGGUGCUGCUAGCCUGGUGGGCAUCCAUGGGGAGGCUGGGACCGAUCGACCCUCCUCUGCCCGGUCUUCUACAACGACACAACACUCGAUCCGGUCCAGCAGCCAAGACCAUGACGAUCCACCGUCACCAUCCACGGUUCACGGAAGUACCCCUCUUUCGCAAAUUGGGGCUCAUCCUUGUGCAUCUGUUAACGAUAUGUAUCUCGGUCAAGAUGAUAUGGAUAUGGUGAAUACCGCAGAUAGAAUAUAUUUGGAAGAAGCUGGAUACUGGGGUCUCCUUGCACUGCAAGAGCGCGAAAACUCAUUGGUGGAUAUUCAAGAUUCAGUCGAUGAACCGUAUCUUGAUAUUACUGUUGCAGGCUCUCCUUCGCCAGCUCCGAGCGAGGACGAGGACGAAGGUCUGGGCACUGCUACUGGUCAUGGCGGUGGCCACGGAGGUGUUCGGAAAGGAAGACAAAAGCGUGGCGUCCUGCCCAAACAAGCCACUACCAUUAUGCGUUCCUGGCUCUUUCAACAUUUAGUUCAUCCAUAUCCCACGGAGGACGAGAAGCGCCAAAUUGCAAGUCAGACGAACCUCACGCUUCUCCAAGUGAAUAACUGGUUUAUAAAUGCUCGACGACGAAUUCUACAACCAAUGCUGGAUGGUGCCGGUGCCGAGGCUAUACCGCGUGCCGGGAAACGGCACAAGGUUAAUAAACAAGUAGCACAACAUCAGCAACUGCAGCAACAGCAAGGUUGGCAGUCCGAGGAUUCGGGAAGUGAUUCGGGUUCCAGCGACGGUGAGGGAGGUGCCGACAGAUCUAAGGACGGUAACGAUAGCGAUGAAGAUGACCUUCACUGACCUCUGUCGAUGACCGAAACGUCAACCUCUUUGCGGUACCUUCAAACUCAGUUGCUCAUUACAGUAUUAAGGUAUUCGAGGUUAGAUUUCGCUUUAACUGUCAAAUACGUAAUUAUUCUCGCGAAAAUCAGGGAUACAUGGGUAGAGGUUAUUACGCUCUUGUGCUGUCGUCGAGAACGAUACUUCUCCGCUUCCUUGUCAUUGUGCGAAUGGGAUUGUCUUUCAAAGUUCGUUUUGCAGCGAGACGUUAACUCGCCGCGAUUUUACGUGUACACGGUGUUCCCGGUGAUAAAUGUCAACGGCGAAUCUUAUUCCCAGGUGCAAGAAUAUACAUUCGACGUAAAUAUUGUCGAUAUAUGCGUAUCGUAGAAAGAAGUCUGUUAAGGAGAUAUUGAGUGGGGAAUAAUCGGAGUUCAUGUAAACGUAGUGUAAUCGAGAGUGUGCCCCGACUAUUUUCACAGGAUUCACCUUGUUCCAAAUGACGUCCGACGGAUGAUGUGUACAUUGUUAAUUUGAGAUUGAAAAGAAGCUAUAAAUAAAAUUAAAUUUCAAAAUUAUGCUCGUGACGUUUAUAUCAUUUCGACGGUAAACUCUCUGUGUGCGCUCAUUUUUAACGCGAGGAUUUUCGCGAAUGCAUUACUACUUCACCCGUUGACCAUCGGCUAGUCAUUGAUGCGCAGAUUCUUCUUUUUUUAUUAUUAAAAAAAUGCAUGUUACAUUAUUUCGUUAUAGCCGUACGUACUCUCUGUAUUUAUUGUAGCUCACUUCUCAAUUCCACGAUCGACUCUGGGAUUCGUAAUUCUAUUAAUUUUCAGUUCUACGUCAUCGCUUGUCGAUUAAAAUUUCAAACUCGAUUACGUAAAUGAAUCUAAAUAAUUAAUGUAAUUUAAAAAAUAAUUUCCUUUCAUUGCUCCGGGUAAUGUCCGAAACACUAAACUGUGCGACUGAGUGAUUCCCGUAAUUCUUCGAUUAGCAACUAACUUAUUGUAUCGGAAGUGUGUGUUGGCAAAGAAUUUCCUGUGAAACAGUUAAAUUGACAUACUGAAAGAACUGUGUUUAUCAAAGGCGCUACUGAUAUUAUGCGCAACGCGUUUAAGCAAAGCUUACAUGAUUUCCUGGAUUAAGCAAUUGUUAUUAAUAUGCAAAUGACACUAUUUUAAAAACAUUGGUAAUUAUUUAUUUUGAAUGACACAAUUUGGCUAACUUUGAGGUAGCCACUCCUUCGUUCUCACUGAAAUAUGUACAAAGUGUCCUACUCUUCGUUUAUCAUUUAAGGAGCAAUUACUUUUAUGAAAUAGAACUCUUUGAAGUUUUCACUUAUCCGCUUCAUUCAUCACGCAAGUAGCGACGUUACUUUUUCUCAUUUUAAUUAUUUGUACAAAGUACUUCGUCUUUCUAGGUCAACAUCGAAUCGAACGGUCAUUCGUAAUUCACAUUUCCUCAUGUGCGAUUAAAAAAAAAAAUGUACCAGCAAUCGAGAAGUAAUUGCAAGCAAUGUGUAUAUAUAUUUUCGAAGCCUAAAAUGCGCUUGCUAAACACUAAAUGAUACUGGAGAUUCCAAUUGAAUUGCAUUAAAAUUGAUCGAUUAGCGUCGUACCGAAUGAAUCCUAUUAUUAAUAAUAACGAAACUCUAAAGAUUUGAACAAAUCAUAAUCGUUACGUUACAGUUUCUCUGUUUUGUGCCAUUGAAGAGCGUGGUAACUUCCACGCGUAGUCUUUGUUCAGCUCUGCAUCGUCGUGACGUAGCGAAGUGCUGUCCCUCCAAGAUAAUAAUAUUAAUAAUAACAAUAAUAUAAUACACUACUUAAAUUAAAAUAUAUAUAAUGAUUAUAUUUUUAAACUCUAAGUGUCGUCUCUGUGCGUGUACCGCAGCUUGCGGGCUGGUACUGCUGUACAUAUAUUACAUACGGAACUAUUACUAAGUAAUAAAGUUAAAGGAUAAUUAUUAAUAAUUUUUAAGACUAAAAGAAACAAUACUAUAGCCCACUGUAACUGAUAAUUGAUCAAACACGACAUGAGACGCACAUGCCAUUCCUAGGGGAUAACCAUAUAAAUACGUUUACGCUGUCUACGUAAGAUCUUCACGUUUCGCAAACGUAUUUCUGUCACGUUUACUCGUAGGCUGUAGGGAGCAGAAUGCUGGGUAUUAAAAUACGCCAAUCAAAUUGUAUUACUUGAUAAAAGCUGUAACGCGAAACAAGACUCCGAACGCGAGAGAGAGCGUGUCGUAAAUGUAUAUGCGUAAGACUGAAACGUUUUCGCUUGUAAAGUCCCGAAUGAAGCAUUACUUUCUUGGGUAUUGGCUUCGACAAUUUGAAAAUUCAAAAAUAUUUUCAAUCUUUUUCAAGCAACUAGCGAAUCCCCGCGUGCGCAACAUCGCACUCUAAUCGUGUCCUAUAAAAUCAUACUAUAUUAUUACAUUAAGAGUCUGGAUACUAAUGUCACUUGUACACCAUGUGCCGUCCAUCGUAUCGUCGAUGAUUCCUUUUUUGUUUUUCUUUAUUUUUUGCGCGAUCACGAAUUUGUAGACUUAUUAAAAUUAGCCAUUGACCAUUAAUUAAUUUAUAUUCCUUUAAGAUAACUUGUUUGACGUCCGAGAAGAACUUUUUUAAUAAAUUUACGAACAUUCUCUUAUCAAUUAAUGGAAACGGUUAUGAUGCUGAAAUUCAUGGUCGUGUAUUGGAUUCGUGCUAUUAAAAUUAUAAUUGAAAAAGUAAUACUUGCCUAUGACAGUAAAUUUACUAAUUAGCCAAUGUGUCACAUUGAAACACGUGCUCAAAUUUUGUCCUAUCGGUUUUACCGUAUGAAAGGACUUUUCCACGUAUUUUUCUUCAAAGUAGAUCUUGGCGCAGCAGAAUACAAUUUUGCGAAAAGUAAUUGCCUUUCAUGAGUCCGCAUUGCUGCACGCGACAAACACAAGACAGACAGUCGACUCAGAAACUUCUAUCGAGCGUUCGUAAAUUCCAUUUUAAGUGUAAAAAAUUAAUUUUUUGCAAUGCUGUACGGAAAGUAUACAGUUUGUGCACCAAAACGAAAGCUCAGUUUUCUGCCCUUGUAGUGUAAUAUACUAUUACCGUAAGCACUUUUAUAAGUUUCUCACAAUGAUACUCAAAAUUAAAUGAGGCGCUUCCAUUAUUUUCUCCUAAGGCAAAUUAUCUGCUUUAAGUUCUCAUCUGCGAUGCGUAAUUCCUAUAUAUGUAAAAUAUUGGCAACCUACUAUUUUCUUUCCUUUUCAAGCACUUUGUGAUUCAUUAAAGUUGGCAUCAAUGGCAAAAUUCGAAGUGCGAUUUCAGGGAUGCGUUUUGUAGCAUCUUUAAAUCAGCGCCAAGAAAUAUCCUUUCGGUUUAGCUGCUUCGAAAUGAGAUUUUUAGUGUCGUACCAAGAAAAGCGAUAAGGAUAUAUAAAGAGAAAAAGAAAAAUGGAAAAAAGCUCGGUAUCACCAAUUCGAGACAGCCGACGCAGCAGUAUAGCUCCCAUGUAUGGUGCUACGAGAGAGGUAUAAUCGUGCAUUCGUGAAUUUAGCACCUUUCUGAUAUUAUUUUUAUCCGAAAAAAUUGGGAGAAAAAAAUACGUCCCAAAACCCGUAAAGAAUAUUCAGAAUUUGUGUGAGCAUGCGCGUGUUUUCAAAGCUACGUACGACAGCAAUAAUAAGAGACAGACUUCUCAGCGAGUACGGCUAACCGAAUGUAGUCGUAUUGUUAAACGUAUAAAAGCGCUAUAAUACGGGACUAUACUGUAGUUUAAUUAACUAAUAAUUAAGAAUUUAAAAUGACUUAGGAAUAAGAAGUAGGUUGUAAGGCUGAACCACGUAUACGUAUGUGCUGCGGCACCAGACAACUGUGAUAGCUCGGUGGGCGGUGCCCAGCCUCCUACAUCAUACAUCAUAUACUUGAUUACUAUGAAAUACUUAAAGUUGAUCAAAAAAAUAAAAAAUGAAAUGGUAUGAUACUAAUGACUCAAUAAGGACGUAAUUAAUUCGUUAAUGAAGGAAUUAAUUGCGCACCAAAUUCAUGCGCCAUACCAAGGAAACCUACAACACUGUUCAUAUACACGUGCAUAGAAUAAUUUCAUGUGCACAUUGUGUGUUUCCUUAGUAAAUACAAAAGAAUAUUUCGUCCUUGCAUGCACGUGCAUACGUAGGGAUCGCGACACAUGUGUACGAACUUAUGGGUAAUUCACUCAUUUUACACGGUACUGAUUGGGUUCGGUUUAACGUGAGAGUAUUACCUAAAAAUGUCAUUUAUUAACGACGAGAUAGAAAUGGACCGGAAAUACUCAUACGAGGGAAUCGUAGUGCUAGAUAAAUCUGUUCGUAUAAGUUCAACGAAGAAUUUUUUGUUUUUUUAUCCUAAAUAUUUUGUUCACAAUUCGUUUCGAUCAUUUUUUGUUUUCCCUUCAGUUUGAUGACGUUACGUGUACCUGAUAUGAGAUUUAUAUCAAUGCAACUGUUGUUUCUCGAGUCCUUGUAUUAUUGACCUUCGUUGUACUUGACGUUAAAAUUACAUUGAUCGUCGUGAAAAAGAUAAAUUUUCUAUUCACGCGAAAUUGUAUAUUAAAUUCUGGAGCAUUUCUAUCUCAAAUUCAAUUUUUAAGUCAUAAGCUAAACGUACUAUACAUUAGUUACGUGCAUCGCAUACUGAACGAACAUAAACGAAUGAAUUGAAUACUUCUCUCUCGUGUACAUCUACGCUCUGUUAAUUAAGUUUUAUUGAUAAUAAAUGCCAUCACGCUUGCUAAACAUAUUUCGCACCUUUCUCGUAAUAUCAAGCUGUCUGUCCGUAGAAUUCUUGGGCGAGGUUCGAGAAAAGUGCAUUUUUCGAACAAUUAAAAGACUGUAGGAGGAAUGCUGAUUGCGUUUUCGCAUCAUGCAAUUCAUUGUCUGCAUGCUGAAUUUUCUAUGUGUUUAUGUACAAUUUCAAACGUGGAGGAAGACUCAACGUUAUCAGUAGCAGCAAUGCAAAGUUGCUAGGUAGUUGAACAAUUAUAAUGAUAUUUACGGUUUGUUCAAUGUGAGAAUAUACAAUAAUAUCACGUAAAGUACAUAGAUUGACAAAACAAUGCUGAGAAACGAAGAACGUUAGAUAGUGCCUUACGCGUUCCUCUAUUUGCUCUUAGCACUUGAUGUUAUUUUGAAGCUUUUAACGAAACAAGAUUUAAUUGUUUGAACGGUUUUGUCACAUGUUAAAAGCCAAUUGUGAAUGUAAGUAUGUAUUACAUUAAUGUUGAUCUUAUGAUAGGUGGAGUAAUCUAUUCGUAUACUUGCACAUCAAAUCAUUGGCUUGUCGAACAAAUAAAAAAUCUUUUUAGUACU